AUGGACGACGGUAUAGAGCUCAACUUCGCCGCCCCUUCCUCGGGGGCUCCCUCAAGAUCUAAGCAGGCGAUCCCAAAGGGUGGGAGAUGGACCGACCGAGCAAAAGUCAGACGAGAGAUCGGCAAGACCUCUCGGCCAGCUGCAGAGAAGGCGCCUUAUACUCCCACUGCGGCCCCAGUACAAUCUCCUCGUCCUGCACCGGUACAGCAGGUCCGACCAUCUCGGCCGCUCGGCGGACACCCCUCGAAUCCUGCAGCCAGCCAGUCCAGGCCUGCUGCUCGCGAGCAACAGUCCGCAAGCCGGCCAGCCAGUAGGGCUGAGCCGAGGGAUGACUCUGCUAGUCAGGCUGGUCCUUCUCGGUCUCGUCAGUCACUGCCUACCCAGGCCACAGCGGCGCCAGCGAAAGGUAAAACGGCGGCUCCGCAAAUCAUCUCCUCGUUGUUCUCGUACAAUGACCCUAUCGCCUCGGUCCCGGCCUCCGCUGCUCCUGCUCAGCCCGUCAAGGUCGCUGCUCCCUCGAAUGCUCCGCUCGAUAGGAGCACGUUCGAGGGGCUUGGCCUGGACAAGCUGCUAGUCCGGCAUCUCAAGGGCAAGAUGUCGGUCCAGGCACCGACCGGCGUACAGCGGUCUUCCCUCCCUUACCUCCUCUCCGCACCCCUCGACAUCAAUCUCGCCUCCGCUCCUAUCGAGGACGAGGACGAGUACGAUGCCAAGCCUGUCCUUACCCCUCAACUCUCCCCUCGCGACGUCUUUAUCCAAUCGCAAACCGGUUCCGGAAAGACCCUCACCUACCUCCUCCCCAUCAUUCAGACCCUUCUCCCCUUAUCGCGCCUAUCCUAUAUCGACCGCUCCAUCGGGACGCUCGCCAUCAUUCUCGCUCCUACUCGGGAGCUGGCACAGCAGAUCUCGAAAGUGCUGGAACAGCUCCUUUCCCUCUCCCUCGCGGAUGACUCCGAGGAUAGCGCGCCUAUGACCCGCUGGCUGGUCUCCGGACUGCUCACUGGCGGGUCUACCAAGACGCACGAGAAGGCUAAGCUGCGGAAAGGCGUGCCCAUUUUGGUAGCUACGCCGGGUAGACUGCUGGACCAUCUCCAAAACACCACAGCCUUCAAAUUUGCCAAAACCAUGUUUUUGGUGCUGGACGAGGCGGAUAGAUUGAUGGAUCUGGGCUUCGAAGAGACGAUUCAAGGGAUCAUUAAGGCGCUGGAUGGGCGGCGGAGGGCGGAAAUAGGCGGUGAGGGCGAGGCGGAGGUUGGCCGGAUGCGCUGGGGAUACUGGGGGCGAGGGCGGCAGAACGUGCUGUGUUCGGCGACGGUGGAUGCCAAGGUGGAGAAGCUGGCGGGUGCGGCGCUGCAGGAUCCUAUCGUUUUCCGCGCGCAAUCCGAGGCGGUCAAGGUGGAGGAUGAGGUCAAGAAGGAGCAGGAUCCGGCGGUCAAGGCGGCGCUAGAGUCCGCCAAUGCGAUCGUCCUUCCCACCACCUCGGACAAGUUUACACCACCAUCUCAGCUGUCCCAGAAGUACGUUGUCGUUCCUACUAAACUUCGACUGGUCACCCUCAUCGCGCUCGUCCGGUCACUGGUCGGCAAGAAGGACACGAACCAGGGCAACAAAGUCAUCGUGUUCAUGAGCUCUACGGAUGCGGUCGACUUCCACUGGAAGCUGCUCGGCGGGAUGAAGAUGGGUCAGGAAGCGGAAGAGGAGGAAGAGGAUGGGGACGAGGCGGAGAGUGCGGACGACAGCUCGGACGAGGAUGGGGAGGCUGAGAAGCUAAAAGCCAAGAAGGCAAAAUCCAAGAGCAAAGCAGCGGCGGAAGAUCCCAUCACACUCCAGUCGGCGCUUUUCCCUUCGACCACUCUUCACCGUCUACACGGUUCCCUCCCCCUUCGGACCCGUCUCGCCUCCCUCGCGGCUUUCGCCAAGCCCUCUCCCGACCCGUCGGUUCUCAUCUGUACCUCGGUUGCUUCUCGUGGUCUCGAUCUUCCACUCGUCCGGUCGGUCGUCCAGUAUGAUCUGCCAACAGAGGGUGGGGCGAACGAGUAUGUCCACCGAGUGGGACGUACCGCUCGAGCUGGAAAGGGCGGUGAGGCGUGGUCUUUCGUCGGGCCGAGCGAGGUGGACUGGGUGGAAUGGGUCAGGGGAAAGAUGGGGUCGGCCGAGGGCAAAGAGGUCGGGCUGGUUCCCGCUGCUGUGGACGAGGUGCUGAGGAAGGGCUUUGGCGGAAAGGGAUAUGACUUUGAGAGACGAGCUACCGAGGUGCAAGGUGGACUGGAGCGAUGGGUCCUGAGCGAUGACAAGAACGCCGCUCAAGCCCGGCGAGCUUUCGCUUCCUUCAUCCGCGCCUACUCUACUCAUCCACUCGAGGAGAAAAAAUACUUCCACCCCAAAUCCCUCCAUCUCGGCCACCUCGCCAAAGCCUUUGCACUCCGUGAAGCCCCAUCCUCCAUGGCUGCCACUACCGCAGCCAGCAAAGUCGUCAAAGCCGCCCCUAGCAACGUACACGUUCCGGCCAACAAGAAGCGGAAGCGGCUCGGCGCGGACGUUAGUGAUGAUGAGGAGGCGGAGAGUGGGAAGCGGGGCGGAAAGGAGACGACGGCGAGGAAUGAGACGGAGCGGAGGAUGUAUGAGGCGGUUAGAAAGCAGGGUAGGGAGGUGCGGAGCGGAGGUAAGAUGGGGCAGUUUGGGGAGGCGGGAGGAAGGAGAAAGGCGGCGGGGGCGGUCAGUGGAGGAGGGGAGUAUCAGGUGGUGGGAACGGGAGAGCUGGAGAGGAUGUUGGCAGGGAAGAAUUAG